AUGUCUUUCCUCACCCACAACACUCUUUUUAGCACACUCUUUUGGAUACUGGCUACCCGCGUCUUUGCAGAUGAUCCCACGACAAUCUUUAAGACCUCUUGGAUGAUCGAGGAGAAGCCUGGACUGGGUUGGGAUUUAGCGGUAAGUUCAUUUUUCUUUACGAAUGAUCGUCGGGUCUGGCAAUCUAGGCGUAUUAACCUCACAACCUUUACAGCAUGGAAGACUAACACGUCCUAUCAUGGUAGAGAUAUGAAGCCAAACUUGCUGCACCGCAUAAGUGCCGACUAAAACAGCGGGAGACAUUCAACUCCUUCUUCUUUGUCGGGGGAUCGUUCGAUGCCCAAUGCGAAUCCAAAGGAAAUAAUGAAGCUGUUAUUAUAGGCGACAUUCUUGCGGCUUUAAAAGGCAUGGACUAUGUCGCGAAUGUCUGGCAGAUUGACUUGCCCGACCAGGAAAGUGAGGUUAUAGAGCCAGAGGACGAUAAGCCGCCACUGCCAUCGCCAGAAAAUCCCGAGGAGCCGCUACCAAGUAGCCUCCCAAGUGGUGUACCCCUGAGGCGAAGAACGACGAGCCCGAGAAUGAAGACGCGACAACCAUGGGACAAGCGAGCGGACCCCCCAGCAGCACCCGAACCUACAUUUGCAGCUCAUGGCACGACGGGCAUAGACAAACUCCAUAAGCAAGGGCUUAAAGGGCAAGGCAUUCGAAUUGCGAUUAUUGAUGGCGAUUUCAACCAUGAGGGUAUGUCGAUUUUCUCGAGGACGACCAUUGCGUACCAAUACAGCGUUAUCGAUGGCGGCUCUAACUUAGCGAGCGUACCAGCCGAUUGUCCCGAGGGCGACCAUGGGACUAAGAUAUUGAGUAUUCUUGGUGCCAAUAGCGAUAAUUCAUGGGAUAGGCCACUAGGGUUUGUUGGGGUUGCGCCGGAGGCCUCAUAUGAGCUGAUCCAGAUGGUUCGGUGUGCAGAGCAAGCGUCGUCAGACAAGAUGGUUGCCGGGCUUAUACACGCGGCGGACCGAGGGGUUGAUAUCAUUUCUCUUUCCUACGGGGCAAAGCCCACAUGGAAUGAGGAUCCGGUUGCUAUGACGGUGCAAAGAAUCGCGGCGUCGGGCAUCCUCCUCUCUAUUGCCGUUGGAAAUCGAGGACGGACGGACGGCAUCUGGGACAUCGCUGCGAGCGCUACGGGCGUAGGCGCCGUGGCACUUGGGUCGUCGGACAUUAUCAACACGCCAUAUCUACUCAUGAAGGCCACGUUGAGUGAUGGAUCCACCGUCCAAUACUCACCUGGCAAGAACUUCGAGCUCACUGGGCGCCCUUUAACGGUGUGGUUCCCCUCCAACGCGGAAUUGUUGCCCGAUGGAUGCAACGUUUUGCCAGAGGAUGCCAGCGAAAUACCGGCUGCGCCCGAGGAUACCAUCCUGAUGAUUGAUGUUCUGCACUGCUGGUUGAGCAACGACGAAAGCCAAGAGCGCCUCACAGCCAAGUUGGGUAUUCGCAACAUCCUCUACUAUCUCCCUGCUAAAAUGGCACGCUCUACGCUCAAUACGGGGCAAGUUAUUCAACUCAGCCAGGCAGAUACCAAGGAGAAGGCCUCGCAUUUUGUGACCGUCACGUUCAAAGAUUUCCGAGAAAUCAGGCGCCGCAUCUGGGACACCAAAAGAGGCCCAUUGACUAUUAACUUUCCCCCGGGAAGCUACAACGACAUUACCUUUUUGGAAGUGAAGAAUACUCACUCUGGAGACUAUAUGUCUCCGUUUUCGAGCUGGGGUCCAACUCUCGAUGGCCGAGUAGGACCAAAUAUCGUCGCUCCUGGCGGAGAUAUGCUUGUUGCGACGCCCCCCCUCCCCCGCGCAGGUCUUGCAUGGGAAGUAACGCGCGGUACUAGCAUGUCGACCCCCUAUUAUGCUGGAGCCGCUGCGCUUAUCAAACAGAAAAUGUUGAUGUCAGGCAGGAGAGCCACUUCUCAAGAGAUCCAAGCCGCGAUUGCCACAACAGCCUUACCCCUGGAGUGGUGCGAUAGAGUAGGCAAUAAGAAAGAAUUUCUUGCUCCCGUGUUUCAGCAGGGCGCAGGCAGGCUGCAGGCAUUUGAUGCUGCACUUUCACAAACACUUAUUAGUACGACAGCUUUAAAUUUCAACGAUACAAAGAAUCGGCAAUCCUUAAGCUUUGAAAUAUCACAUCUACACCCAGAGCCGAAAGAGUAUAAAAUGACUCACUUGCCUGCUGCAUCGGGAUAUAUCCUCGAAGCCAAAACAUUCAAGAGAGCUGUGGGUGACAUACACAAUACAUAUGCAACUGUUGAGAUCACUCCAGGGGAAGUCACUAUCGCUCCAGGUGAAUCAGCAAGGAUUACCGUCUCCGUUACAAAGGACCCUGGUUUGCCAGAUAUCGAUACACGAGGAGUUUACUUUGGUGGAUAUAUCAUUUUUCUCGGACCCGGCGAAGUCUUGAACCUCCCGUACGGUGGAUUUGCAGGUGAAUUAAAAGAGCUUCCUAUGAUUGAUCCACAACAAACAAAGCUAGUUGGGGUGACCAGUGAAGAUAUAUGGGUCGAAUGGACGCGGGACCAAACUUUCUUUUGCUACUAUGACAUUACGGUGCGUCCUCCGUUAACAUGUCAGGAAGGCAUACGCCCCGGGGUAUUUCUAAAAACCACCAUCCCAUCUGGUAGAUAUAUCAUCAGUAUUAUCGAAUUCGAAACGGACGAAUUGAAGUUAGAAUUAGACUUGGUAGAGCAUCCAUCAACACCCUUUCCAAGAAGUAAGAGGUGGGUUUGGGCUGGAUAUGAUGAUGGUUUAAAGUACCUUCAUCCAGGACGAUAUUUCUUCAGAGUUAUGGUCCUGAGGAUGCAUGGUUAUGGAAGGGAAUAUGAUGAUUACGAGAUUUGGGAAAGUCCGACUUGGUACUUGCAAUAUGCGGAUGGUAGUACUAUUCCUGACGGAGAUGGUUGGUCCGACACUUCUUCGGAACCAGAGCCUGUUUAG